GCCACAAGCAGCUAAGUAUUGGGAGGGCGAUACUUGAAGAAUCAUUCGUCGCUCCGGUGUUAAAAUUCUUCAGACCAGUGCCGUUUCUGGCCCACUUGACACCUCUCACACCCUCAACGCACGCAGACUGGAGGAAGACACCCAACAAUGUCAACAGUCACGUUACCUUUCCUAGUGGUGCAGCCAACCAAAGCACAUACCGCAACAGUGAUUUGUGUACAUGGCAUCGGUGAUGAUGGCAGAGGAUGGAAUCCCCUCACAAACGAGCUCGCGCCUGCCCUCCCGCAUGUCAAGUGGCGACCCGUAACAGUGUACAAUAAAGAGUGGCUCCGUGCCUGGUUCGAUAUACCGUCUUUUGCCUUCACCGAGACUGAGGAUGCAUCGGGCAUGUUUGACUCGGUGCGCAAGCUGGAUGCGCUUGUCAAGGCUGAGGUCGACGCUGGCAUCCCACAAGAGCGUAUUGUCCUUAGCGGCUUUUCGCAAGGUGGUGCAAUAGUUCUCCUUUCUGGUCUCGGUGGACGCGCGGUACGCGAGGGAGGUGAGGGCUGGAAACUUGCUGGAGUCGCAGUGAUGAGUGGCUGGCUGCCAUUACGAGACCGUUUCAAGUCGCUCAUCUCCCCACACGCGCUAACCAUGCCGGUUUUUUGGGGCCAUGGAACAGACGAUCCACUCGUGAGAUAUAGCUUCGGGCGAAAGUCGGCGGAGAUUUUGAAGGACCAGGUCGGUCUAGCACUACGGUGGGGCGAUAAAGGAGAGGCGGAACGCGCGGCCUUCGGGAGCGCUGGUGUGAGUUUUUUGGAGUAUAAUGGUGUGCUACACGCGGCAUGUUCCAAGGAGCGUGCUGACCUGAAGGAAUUUUUGAAGAGAGUAAUACCUGACAAUCACAGUGGAUGAGAUAGGGGCUAUUAGACCGAGAUGUUGCUAUCAU